AAAAGAAAGAAAAAAAGUAAACAUUGCAUAACAUAAACAUUGUCAAGUCAUAGUCUAGACUCGAUUUAAAAAAAAAAUAGAACACUAUAAGGAUUAAUAGUAAUAAUAACAAUGAAAAACAGUUUGAUAAAUGACCUCAUCAAAAACAAACUUGUUUUUAAAACCUGUUUGAAAAGUAUCACCAGUAAAAAUGGGUAUCACCACAGUGCCUCAGCAUGGACAGCAGGAUCAUUAGAACCUAGCUCUAAAUAUGUCCCUACUUACAAAGAAGUAGAUGAAUCUCAAUUUCUACAGUUGCAAGAUUUUAUAUUAGAACAUCCAAAAUUAUUUAUUCUAACCGGAGCAGGUGUAUCAACAGAAAGUGGAAUUCCUGAUUAUCGAUCAGAAGGUGUAGGACGUUAUGCCACCAGUACUAGUAGGCCCAUACAGUAUGCUGACUUCCUCAAAAAUGCCGCCAGUCGUCAAAGAUACUGGGCAAGGAACUACAUUGGUUGGCCACAGUUUUCGUCAUUUCAGCCCAACCAAUCUCAUUACAUUCUCAGCAACUGGGAAAGAAAAGGACUAAUUCAUUGGCUAGUUACCCAGAAUGUUGACGCUUUGCAUUAUAAGGCAGGCUCUCAAAAGGUCACAGAGCUCCAUGGCAGUGCUCAUCGGGUUAUCUGCCUUUCUUGCAAAUAUCAACUUUCCAGACAUGCUAUGCAAGAGCUUAUUGCAAACAUCAACUUGGAUUGGUCAGCCGAUGUAAUGGGUGUGGCUCCUGACGGUGAUGUGGACCUCACUUCAAAUCAAGUUCAAAAUUUUAAGGUUCCUGAAUGCCCUAAGUGUAAAGGAAUUCUGAAACCAGAUCUGACAUUUUUUGGAGAUAAUGUUCCCAAGGAAACUGUGCAUUUCGUUCUGGAAAAGCUUUUUGAAUCUGAUGCCAUGCUGGUUAUAGGAUCAUCUUUAGAAGUGUACUCGGGAUACAGAUUUGCUUACCGAGCCCAUGAACACGGAAUGAAAAUUGGAGUAAUCAAUAUUGGACCAACAAGGGGAGAUAAAUUUGUGGACAUAAAAGUUAGUGCCAAGUGCAGUGAUGUGUUGCAGAGAUUGGAUCAGAAGUCUCAAUAAAUCCCACCCCUUUCUCACUAAAUGUAGAUAAAGUGUUAGAUUAAUGCCAAAUAAUAAAGAAACAAAAAAAAAUUGUAUUGUCUUUUAUUUUGUUCAUUUUUUACAUCUGUUUUAGAGAAACAACUUCAUUUAUACCCAAGACUUUCAAACUAGAUUUAGAAACUAGUUCUAUGAGAAAUCAGUUCAAUGAUAAACACUACAAACUAAAGGACUAAUAGAAAUAUUUCUUGUCUUAGAAAUAUGUUGUGAUUUAGAAAAAAAAAAAAUUAAUUCUCAACAAAGAAACAAGAAAUGGUUCAUACUGGCACUUCACAGCUUACCAAUGCCUAGAACUGUAACAUAUGCUCACAUAGAACACUUAAAGCUUGCCAGACAAAUUGUAUAUACUUGUUACAUUGGUUAAUACAGAUUCAUAAAUAAUAUGAAGUUUACACUUGUUGUUCAUCAAAUAAAAAAUGUUUUAGACAUAAAUUCAAUUUGUACUUUCUAAUGCAGGUGAAGAGAAACAAAGUUGUAGUUUUUUUGUCCUUACAAUUAGACCCAAGUAUUUGAAAACACUCUUUGAUUUCAUAUCUUUUCUAAUCAAAUGAAGUUCUGAGCAAUAACAUGAUCUAAUGCUCCGAAUUAUUAGGCUUGAAUGGUAAUUUAAAUCAUAUUUUUUUAAAAAUAUUAUUUGAAAUAUUUAUUUAAAAAAAAAUCACUAUAAAAUGCAAACACAGGCUAGUAAUUAUGUUUAGUUAAUUAAUUAGAAUCAAUAAUUAUCUCAUUACAUUAAAAACUCCAUUUCAUUCCAUUCAUCUAAUUAGGGAACAAAUUUAACUGGGCUUUUUCAUUGCCACUAUCAGUUUGCCUCAUUCUACUGGUAACAAUAUAUUCAGAAAGAAAUUGUACAAAAAAAAAACCCAACAAUCUUCUCAUGCUCUCACACCUAUUAGCAAUGAAAUCUAAACUUAUACACAGAGGUGUUGAAAUAAUGUACAUAAAUGAAGCUAUUUACAAUGAUGACGAUGUGCGGCGGCGAUUCAUUCAUCUACCGAUACGAGAUAUCCAUGAUGAAGUACAAUACAUUUCAAUGUUAACAAAUAAUCUCUUCCUAUGGUCACAUACUAGUCACUUAGUUUCUUUUCAUCUUAAAAAAAAAAUAGAACACAUUAAAACAAUAUGAUGAUUAUUAUUACAUUUAUAACUCUUCCUCUCCGUAAUUAUUUACCACAUUCCGGCGGAAUCAACGCUGGUAUCGUCAGUUAGGAGAGAAAGAGUUAAAGUAUGCAAUGUAGCUUACACUACAUUUUAAGUAGCUGUCACACAAUCAGUCAAUCAUGUGUAGUACAUGGAAAGUUUAAGAAUAAAAAAAAAGUCAACUUUUUACUUUGUUAUGCGGUCACCAAACAAAGCAGAAACAGGCUCUUCAAGAGGCAUAUUCAAAAUUACACAACCUACACACACAAUUUUGUAUACAUACAUUUGGUGGCUUUGUCUAAAACUCUGCUUUAAACAUUUUCCACCAACUUCUUUAAAAUUAAGCAGUAGUAAAAUCAUAAGUCCAUUUUUACCCCAAAUUAUUCACACAAAAAAAAAAUUAAAAAAUUACACAACUGACUGUUGGUAAUUAAUAUUUUUUUUUGGCAAUUAAAUAAUGCCAAAUUAAAACCAAAGAGAAUGGUUAAUGAUAAUUCUGAUUUUGACAAACUUUAAAAAUGUUACCGUUUUGUAAAACAAAAUGUUAGGCCAUCUAGAGAUUUAACCAAUCAUCUGAGCCCUACAGAAAAGUUAAAAGGAAUCAAAUAAAAUAUUAAAUGACUCUUCCACAUCAUUCUGCUGAAAGUGAAAAGUCAUUAGUGCUUUACAUCUAUAGUAUAGAAAUGAUAAAAAUUACAGACUCCCAUUUGUGAAUCCCACUGUUGACUAAGUCACACUGAUCUAAUAUAUAAA